AUGGAUUCCAAUGACCUCUUCUCAUUUCUUGACCAGCCAGCAGAAGAAGAAUUGCUUCAGGACGAAGACCCCGGCGUUGAAGAAAUCGCUUCCUCGCCAAAUGCCACUACACUAAAGCGCAAAGCAACAACUAUCCCUUCGAAUAAUGGACACACGGAUACAGAAAUGCGAAACCCAGAGGACGAGCCUGGCCCCUCGAAGCCGAAACGGCCACGUAUGGCGUCUCCGAAGCCCAUUGUGCUGGACGAUUUCGAAACCGAAGCCAAACGCGAAGUUGUGGCUAGUGCCGGUCUUACAGGUGCUGCUGCAGAAGCUGGCGCGCGAUUAGAGCUACGGCAUCAAGUCCGGCAUCAGGUAGCAGUUCCUCCGGGCUACAAUUACAUCCCGAUAUCGAAACAUGUACCUCCAGCCAAGCCUGAUCGAGAAUACAAGUUCGAGUUAGAUCCCUUCCAAAAAGUAUCCGUGUACGCGAUCCAAAGAAAUGAGAGUGUCCUGGUGUCUGCCCAUACCAGUGCAGGCAAAACGGUGGUAGCAGAAUACGCCAUUGCCAAAUGCUUGAAUAAUAAACAGCGAGUCAUAUACACCAGCCCUAUCAAGGCCCUCAGUAAUCAAAAGUAUCGAGAAAUGUUGGCGGAAUUUGGAGACGUCGGGCUUAUGACAGGAGAUGUCACAAUAAAUCCCUCGGCGACCUGCCUGGUUAUGACGACGGAGAUUCUGCGCUCUAUGCUUUAUCGUGGCUCGGAGGUCAUGCGUGAGGUUGCUUGGGUCAUAUUCGACGAAAUCCACUACAUGCGAGACAAGGAGCGUGGCGUUGUCUGGGAAGAGACCAUCAUCUUGCUACCGCACACCGUACGAUACGUCUUCCUCUCCGCCACUAUCCCCAACGCCAUGCAAUUCGCAGAGUGGAUAUGUAAGUCCCAUGAACAACCCUGUCACGUCGUCUACACCGACUUCCGUCCCACUCCGCUGCAGCACUAUCUCUUCCCGGCCGGCGGAGAGGGUAUUUACCUUGUUGUCAACGAGAAGGGUGAAUUCAGGGAGGACAACUUCACGAAAGCGAUGGGUAUGCUGCAGGAUAAGAUGGGGGAGGACCCAGCAGAUUCCAAAGGAGGAAAGGGGAGAAAAGGGAAAACAAAGAAGGGCGGCGAUAAAAAAGGACAGUCCGAUAUCUCGAAGAUCAUCAAGAUGAUUAUGCUGAAGAACUUCAAUCCUGUCAUCGUUUUCGCCUUCAGCAAGCGCGAAUGCGAAGGCCUGGCGUUGACUAUGUCUAAGAUGGAGUUCAACUCCCAAGAUGAACAAGAUCUCGUGGGGAAUAUAUUCAACAACGCCAUCGACAAUCUCGCCGCGGCCGACCGAGAACUUCCCCAGAUCACUAAUCUACUUCCCCUCCUCCGCCGUGGCAUCGGCAUCCAUCACGGUGGUCUUCUGCCCAUCCUGAAAGAGGUGAUCGAGAUACUCUUCCAAGAGGGCCUAAUCAAAGUCCUCUUCGCCACCGAGACAUUCUCCAUCGGCUUGAACAUGCCCGCGAAAACAGUUGUAUUCACCGCCGCCCGCAAAUUUGACGGCCGCGAGUUCCGUAAUCUAUCUUCUGGCGAGUAUAUCCAAAUGUCCGGACGCGCUGGACGACGUGGGCUGGACGAUCGGGGUGUUGUAAUUAUGAUGUGCGACGAGAAGCUGGAGCCAACAGCCGCUAAAUCAAUGGUCAAGGGCGAGGCAGACCGCUUGGACUCUGCCUUCCAUCUGGGUUACAACAUGAUUUUGAAUUUGAUGAAAGUCGAGGGGAUCAGCCCUGAAUUCAUGCUUGAACGGUGUUUCUUCCAAUUUCAAAGUAGUGCUGGCAUCCCCGAGCUAGAGGAAGAACUCAAGAAGGAAGAGGAGGCGAAGGAGACAUUCGAAAUACCGGACGAGCAGCUCGUUGACGAAUACUACGAGUAUCGCCGACAACUUGACCAGAUGUCAUCCGAUUUCCGCGAUGUGAUCACCCAUCCUGCUUACUCUCUCCCUUUCUUAACACCCGGCCGCCUGGUCAAGGUGAAGUACCAGAAAUUGGACUUUGGCUGGGGAGUUGUCAUCAACUUUCAAAAACGCCUCCCACCCAAAAACAGGCCAAUGCCCAAAGCGGAAGAGGUACCACCGCACGAACAAUAUGUUGUGGACGUUCUUUUGAACUGCGCGCAAGGUGGCGUCGCGUCGAAGGACCGAUCAGAACUCACCGCGACACCCGGCGGCGUACAGCCAUGUCCCCUCGGCGAGAAGGGUACUCCACUCAUCGUCCCUGUGCUCCUUGCUACCAUUGAAGCCAUUAGCCAUCUACGGAUAUACCUGCCAAACGAUCUUAGACAAGAGCAAGCGCGGGAGACCGUCUGGAAGAGCAUCCUCGAGGUCCAUCGGCGAUUCCCUGAUGGGAUCGCCCUCCUGGAUCCUGUCGAAAAUAUGGGUAUCAAGGACGAGAAGUUCUUGACGCUUGUAAAGAAAAUCGAUCUUAUGGAAAAGAAAAUGUACGCUAGUCCGCUGCACAAGGAUCCUCGGCUGCCUGAGCUGUACGCUAUGUGUUCCAAGAAACGGGAGAGUAAUGAACGAAUUCGCUCAUUAAAGAAGCGGAUACAAGCCACAUUGGACGUCUUGCAGUUAGAGGAGCUCAAAUGCCGAAAGCGGGUGCUACGACGGCUGGCGUUCACAGACUCCGAAGACAUUGUUGAUAUGAAGGGACGAGUCGCCUGUGAGAUCAGCUCUGGCGACGAAUUGCUGCUGACAGAACUUAUCUUCAACGGCGUUUUCAAUCUUUUAUCCCCAGAACAAUGUGCUGCCCUACUCAGUUGUUUCGUCUUCGCCGAAAAGAGCGAGCAAACUACUAAGCUUAAGGAGGAACUAGCUGCGCCACUUCGCGUCAUGCAAGAAAUCGCACGAAGAAUAGCCAAAGUCUCGGUGGAAUCAAAGCUGUCGCUAGACGAAAAUGAAUACGUAUCGUCAUUCAAAGUGGAACUCAUGGACGCAGUUGUCCAGUGGUGCCGAGGCGCCUCCUUCUCGGAUAUUUGCAAGGCAUAUCAGUUCGAAGGGAGCUUGAUUCGAGUGUUCAGGCGGCUUGGUGAAUUGUUGCGGCAGAUGGCUCAAGCAGCCAAGGUUAUUGGGAACAACGAGUUGAAGGAAAAAUUCGAGAAAUCAUCUGAAAUGCUAGAACGGCCCAAUUCGGUUAUCUUUUGCUCAUCCUUAUACCUCUAG